AGGAAUCCUUGUGCUGACCUGGUAUAGUAAUUUGUUGGUGGACAGUUUCUCGUCACAUGCAGGCGAGACAGACUUGGAGAGCUGGAUUGAUUUGUAGGUGAUAAAACGACAAAAGAAACAGACAUGGCGUCCGAGCACGACUAUCUCUUUCUAUUCAUGGCGUUCUUCACGCUCGCCAUGUUCAUCUUAACACAAGUCCUGAGUGCACUAGCUACUGUACCUGGUAACAUCGCUGGAUGGUUUCCAAACACUACUGAAGAGAUAUCCGACACGUACCCGGUCCUGGUCACCCCAGCAGGUUGGACCUUCUUAGUCUGGGCAGUCAUCUACAUCUGGAUGCUGAUCUAUAUCAUCUAUAUCCUCACCACCGUCUGCCGUAGGAACAAGAACGGACCAGUCUACAUGAACCCGCCCGUUGUCACGGCCAACUUUCUCGCCGUGUUCUCGCUCAACCUCGCCUUCAACAUCGUGUGGUUGUUCUUGUUCAGCAGGAGGGAGUUUGCGUGGUCGUUGGCCGAUUCGUGUAUGCUAGCGUUCACCGUGUAUGUCUGCCUCUGGCUCAACCACAGGAACGUGGAGAAGUACCGUGACGUCAUGGAAACUAAUCACAAGGUAGAUCUGUGGUGCAAUCGAAUCCUUAUUCAGAACGGUCUAGCUGUCUACGCAACAUGGACGAGCAUCGCAACCCUGAUCAAUCUCUCUAUCGCUCUCACUUACCUGGCCGAUGUCAAAAACCUAUCCUCUAGCCUCAUCUCUCUCUCCAUCCUCACAGCCGAGGUCGUCGUCUACUUCGUCGUCGAUACGUUCUACUGGGACCGUUAUCUUCGCUAUACAUUCACGGUCUACCCGACGAUUAUCUGGGCCCUCUCAGGGGUCCUUUCAGAGAAUUGGGACCCAGACAGUUCGACGUCGAUCUUCAACGCUGUUCUCCUAGCUUUGGGAGGGCUUUGCUUCGUUAUUAAGUUUGUUCUAGUGGUCUUUGUUAGAGAGAGUUUAGAUAAUAAACCUGCUCUCCGGUCAAAAGCGAAAGGCAAUGAAUAUAUUUUCAAUGAGGAGGAUAGUGAUGUACCGAGCAUAUCUAUGACAAAUAAGAAGAUUUAUGAUGAUGCUGUUAAUUAAAGUAGAGGCCUGUAACCCGAAUUGACAUUUCCUUUAAAACAGUGGCGUAGGUACAGGGGGUAGGUGGGCACCUGCCCCCGACCCCCCCCCCCCCCCCUAAAAAAAAAAAAAAAAAAAAAAAAAAAAAAAAAAAAGGAAAAGGGGAAAACUAGAAGAGAAGAAGCCUGGACUAUCUCCAGCAUCCAAUCCCUAAUUAGUAGCAUAUAAAGUUUUAUUUCUUUUUAAUAGUAAAACCAGUUCCGAAUCAGUGGGUGAACUCACAUAAUGCCACGGCUUUAAAGUAAAGGCUUAGCAAAGUAUAUUAUUUUCUAAAUAAUGAUAACCUUAUAACCGUAAACAUACGAUCAUUUCAUGUUAUUUCCAUGCUGUUGAAAUGUUUUGCUUAAUACAUUGCAUUCUUUAAUGUUUUUCUAUAACAAAUUUAUGGAAUAUUAUUGGAAAAAACUAAAUACUGCUUUAAAUUUGAAUUCUAAUGAUCACCGCCUUUUCUGUGUUUUUUCUGGGCUGCAAAAGCAAACUUAAGCAGGGAGGGGGAGUGUGCAUGUUCAUGCUUGCCUUGGUAUAUAUAGAAUACACCCAUUUGACCCAUGUCUUCAAAACGAUAGGUCUACUUAGUGCAAGAAUGGAAAACUAUUCAAACGUCAUGCACAAACUAUCAAGCGUUAGCUAUUAAUAAUAAAGUUAAUAUCGUUUACUUCCCAUUGAAAUACAAACAAAAUGCACAAGUUUCUGUAAAUCGAAGUCAUGUGUUGUAAUGUACUUUCAUAUCUUAUGAUUGUGUCUGGAUAAAUUUAAAUUUAUACAUUGUUUAAGAUUGUAGUUUUGUUGUUAUUUAACUUUAACAUAAUCAUGGUGAAGCCAAGAAUGAUUUAAAUCAAAAUCAACGCAAAGUUUUCUGCCAAUUUUUAUUUUCGUUGACGUACCACUUCCAACUUUUUGUAUGAUAUUUAAAUGCUUGUUGUUAUACACUCUACCACCUGAAUUACAAUAUCGAUAGACUUGUAUUCAAUUUUUGUUUUCUUGUAUAUAGGCAUAUUUUCAGUGAGUCAUUAUCUCAUAUUCAGUAUGAUGUAUAACAUGCUCAGAGUGACAGCAACAAUAAACCAAAUCAAAUUAACACUGAUUUUAUCAUCGUAUAUUCUAAAGUAAUCGAAGUGAUGUAUAAUGCCCUACCAGAAGAACAGAAGGAAGUGUACUAUUGAAAGAAUAUUAAAAUGUUUCUUAAAGCCCGUCUGCACUUGUGGCCAGGGGUUAGACCUCCCUGCAAGGUCACUGACAGGUGGUUAUCUCAUCAAAUCAGCUUUCAAUUAACAUUUUAAAAAAGGGGAUCAUGGACAUGGGGGACCAAAAGGCACCCGUUAUAGGCAUUCGCCAUAACGAGGGCGCAAGUAGCUAUAGGUGGUGCAGUGGGGCUUUAACAAAAAGACAUAAAUGAAGAUAUUCUAAACAAGUUGUAUUCUCAUUACAUUUCGAAUGAUUUUAUGAUCUUUAUGAAGAGGCGAUCAUCUCAGCUAAAGAAGGUUGUUAUGAGUAUUUGAACCUUGUGAACUGUUAUCAUCUCUGUGGCAUGCACUUCCGAUCCGGUCAUAAUUAAUUGGGGCAGGGCGUAUUGGUGGCCAUUUCGAACGCCAUCUUAGCUAUCUAGUUCUUCAUUAAACAUUCUAUCUGUCCCUCUUACUCAUCUUCUAAACAUACAACGUCAUUUUCUUCUCAGUAAUUUCAGUCUCUGAUACAAUGUAUAAUACCCCCUAUCUCUCUCUCUCUCUCUCUCUCUCUCUCUCUCUCUCUCUCUAUGUCCCUCCGGCUAGGAUGAGUUUCUGGGGUGGGUGUGAAAGGGAUCGGGGUAUUGUGUACUAAAGCUAUGUUGAAAAUCUUGGGGCCUUUUUACUAUGUAUAUUUGUGCAUUGUGUCGAUGUCAUGUUAUGUUUUUCAAAUUUCUAACCGAUUUUGAAUAUAAUUAUUUCCUAUUUCAAUGUCAUGCUUUUGAUAUCUUUUUAUACAUGAUUUUAAUGUAAACGCAAUAUGUAAAAUCCCACGAUGAAUUUCCGUGUUAUUACUGGACGAAAUAAAAUUGAAUUGAAUUGAA